AUGGCAUCAGUAUCAUCAGGCUCCCACUACGAGACCCCGCCAGCCUCGACCGCCCCCUCCGAGUUCACGGCGAGCAGUACUCUGGCCACAGCGGAGAAGCCUCCCGACGACUCCUCGAAGCUGAAAAUGUUCCUGGGCAUCCUCAGAAAAUUCAUCGGCGUAUCAGACAUUGCAUCAGUGCGGUUUUCCUUACCGGCCCAACUCCUCGAGCCGACCCCCAACUUGGAGUACUGGAACUACCUCGACCAGCCCAACACGUUCGUAGCCAUUGGCGACUCGGACGAUGCUUUCGACAGGAUGCUGGAGGUGUUGCGGUUCUGGUUUACCAAGGACCUGAAGUACGUAAAGGGCAAGCCAUGCAAGCCCUACAAUUCGACGCUGGGGGAAUUCUUCAGGUGCAAUUGGGAGGUCCAGGACAGUAUGCCUGCUAUCACGGCAAGCAAGAUGCAACCGACGCCUGGAAGUGCGGCUUCGUCUAUGAGAUCGAAAAAGACGCCUGCAGUUUCGAGGAACCCCUCGCUACGUACAGAUACAAAGGCUACGGAUAAAAGUGGGCAGGUAGUGAAGGUCUCCUUUCUUACGGAACAGACGUCGCAUCAUCCUCCCGUGUCAGCCUUCUUCGUGGACUGUCCCGAGAAAGGGCUUACAGCACGAGGCUUUGAUCAGAUCUCAGCAAAGUUUACCGGGACAAGCAUACGAGUUACUCCUGGCGAGCACAACCUAGGGAUUUUCAUCACACUUGCAAAGCGAAAUAAUGAGGAAUACCAGCUUACACACCCAGCUGCCCACCUAGGAGGCCUACUGCGAGGUAGUCUUAGCGUAACAGUCGGUGACCUUUGCUUCGUCACCUGCCCACAAACGAAAAUCAAGACCAUCUUGCACUACAUGGAAGAAGGUUGGCUCGGCAAGACGCAGAACAAAGUCGAGGGAGUAGUAUUCCGCUACGACCCCGACAACGACACCAAGAAAUCCAUAAAGAGCGUGCCCGACAAAGAUAUUCUGGCCCACAUAUCAGGCAACUGGAAAGAGAAGCUGUACUUUUCUCUUGGACCGAAAGGCGGCGACCAAACCCUGCUGAUAGACCUCGCCCCCCUCUCCGUAGCGCCUAAGCUCAUCCCACCACAAACGGCGCAACUUCCGAACGAAUCCUUGCGUUUCUGGUCCGGCGUCACAGAAGCAAUCACAUCGCGGCAGUAUGCGCGCGCCACAGAACUCAAACAGGAGCUCGAGGAAGCGCAGAGAAUGAAAGCCAAAGAGCGGGAAGAUGCCGGCGCAGUAUGGACGCCCAGGUUCUUCGUAGAGGCUACGACGCCUUUAGGAAAACCAGAGCUGACGGAGGAGGGAAAAGAAGCGUUGAGGAGGCUACAGGAGGACCGGUGGGAGCUGAGCGAGGAUCCGGUCACUAGUGCGUAA